GGACGCCCCGUCCCGUCCCCGCGGGACGCCCGUCCCGCUUCUCGGAGCGAUGGAUCGCCCCAGCUACCUGGAAGAGGACUAUUCUAGCCUGGAUGGGCUGGACGAUGACGUGUUUCACUCUGAUGACUUUGGACUUGCAGGUCAGCCUGGUGAGAUGACUGCAACUGGCAUUUUCACACAGAACCAGUCCUACAGCUGCCUUCUGGGGAGGUUUCAACUAUUCCCCCUCACACACUGCUGUGGUCCCGGUAUCAGGCAUCCUGAGCAGCAGGACAAGGCAACUCAAACACUCAGCCCGUCCUCUUCCAGUCAGGAUGUUAUGUUGCCUUGUGGAGUCACUGAAGAGCCCCGGAGACUCUUCUAUGGGAAUGCUGGUUACCGUUUACAUGUCCCUCCAGUUGGCUUUGCGUUGGAUCCGCACCUCCAAGAGGAGCCUCAGGAAGGUCAGCGGGAAGCACGUGCUGAGGUGCAGAUUGCACGGAAGUUGCAGUGCAUUGCCGACCAGUUCCACCGGCUCCACAUACAGAGGCAUCAGCAGAACAGAAAUCAAGUGUGGUGGCAGCUUUUUCUCUUCCUACACAACUUGGCCUUAAACGCGGAGGCGAACAGGAACCACACUGGGCAGAGGUGA